AUGUGUUCUGGUCAAUGCCACAACACUGCAGCCGGGUCUGUUAAAGAUUCCAUGCCUUUCCUGGUCUCGGACAAGCACAUGAAAGUACCACUUCAAACGCUUACAGCCUUCACUCCAGGCAACCAAGUGAUGAACUUUGUGAAGAAGAGGGAUGGCUCAAAACGCUUCUCAGGCAACCCCGAAUAUGAGAAUUUCACCUCCAAGAUCUUCUCUCCAUCUCUCUACUUGAGUGCUUUCUCCACACUUAUGUCUCCAGAGUUGAAGGACAUCUACAGCACUCAGCUUCAGUACGCAUAUCCUGACUUUGACUUGGAGGGCAUUGAAGCGCAGAACUUGAGCAAAUGGAGGCCAGCUGCACUCGCGAAACUCGCCAAGUACCCGCCCAAGCUUUUGUCCGCCCUCGAGCAGGGCGUGACAUAUCAAAAGUACAAGGCCACUUUGAAAAUUCUCAAUGGCCAUGUGCUGGAAGAAGUGGAGAUCGGUCGCUACCCGCAGAUUUUCAUGUUGUUGGCUCGGCUGGGCGGGUACAUGUCAGUGCUCAGCGCAGUUCUGGGUCUUUGCUGGGUGCAGCGCUGGCCGGACAGCUCUGUGGCGAAGAUCUACAGGACAAGGACUUUCCUUUUGGCUGAGACACGCGGCCAGCCCGAUCAUGAGCUUCUGGCCACUGCAACACUCCCUGAGGCUGCGUAG